AUGGAGACUCCACCUUCACCAUCCCAUGUUGUGAUUGCAUAUGACGCAACUAAGGAACGUGAUCAAUAUGAGCUUAGGCUUACUAUGGAUGGGAUCAGAAAGAGAGGUGACAUUCUUCGUGAUGGUGUUAACCUUCUUGUGCUUGGGGUCUUGCAUAAAGUCACUCACCCAAUGGGUUACCAAGUCAAGGCAUGUGUUGAAAAUUUUGGAUCGAGUGUUCGUGCAAUGGAAGAAGAGGUUAAAAAGAAAUCUGAUGAAUACGCUAAAAUGCUUCUUCUUGGUGCAAUAGAGUUUGAAGAUGAAGGGGUAAGCAUUGAAGUUAAAAUCACUGCCGGGACCCCCCUGAAGAAGGUCAUAUCGCAAGAGGUUUUGGCGUGUAAAACAACUUGGGUUAUACUUGAUAGGCACCUUAAGAGGGAUCUGAGGUAUUAUCUUACACAAAUACCUUCAAAGCUUGCAAUAAUUAACGAUAGCUUGGGUUUGGAAAUUCUGAGGGUUCAUGCAACAAAUGGAAGAGCUGCGCUUGUAGAGGACAACUUCCUUUACUCCUUCUCUAAAGCAAUUCCCCGUCGUCAAAAUAUCGAUCAGCAGUCUAUCUCUUGCAACAGCUAUCCUCAAAUCCACAGCUCCGUGGAUGGCGAUUCCAUGUCUCCAUCCAUUUAUGGUUUACCGGAGCAUUACUCUAAGCAAGAAAAAUCCGGAUUGAAUAAUAAAGAAGAGCAGAAACUUUCCUCACCUUCUCAGAGGAUAAAAAUUUCACAGAAUAAGAAUCUCUUGCGAAAGAGAUACUCAGGAGCACCUGUUCUUUGUGCUGCAUGUGGGCAGAGGACUGAGUUGUAUAUCAAGGAUUCUAUGAAAUACAGUUUUCCCGAAAUUCAUCUUUCAACAAAUGAUUUAUCAGAGGAGGAAUAUGAUUUGAGUGGAAAGGGUGGUAGAUAUGGUGUAUCGAAACCCACAAGAAUACGCCACUGA